AAAUUUCAUAGCAUUUAAAUGUAUGAAGUGAAGGUUUACCGAUCAUAAUAUGUUUAUACCUAUAUAAUAUUUUAAAAAAGAGAUUUACGAGGUUUAUUUGUUCGUUCUAAACUCAAUAACGACUGCAUCAGUUUUCAUUAAAUAUUCUUUUAGCAGUAGUAAGCUACUAUUUAACCUAGUAAGGGAACGUACUUUACGUAAUGUAGUAACGUAACGUUAUGUAGUCUAGUUACCAUUUAGGGGAGACAACAGCGGGUCAACCCGGACCGGACGUAGGUACCCAAUUUUAAAAAUUAUUUCUCUAAAAUUAAUUUUCAAAUUUUAAAUUGUGUUUACCGUUCAUCGCAAGUUCACAAUAACUCUAAAAACUAUUUGUUUUAUACGUUAUGUAGAACCUUAUUGUUUUAACCUUUUUUACGUGUGUAAUUGUCAGUGUAUAGGUACUCUUAAAAAAAUAUAUAUUUGACAUUUAAGCUGCUGUUUGCUGCCGAUAUGAUGCGAAGCUGCUGAUAUAUAUUUUCAUUUUACAGUGAAGUGCAGGGGCAACAUGUCGACAAAAUUAAUUAUACACAAAUUAGAGAACGGUAUUAGUUUAAAGUCUUUAUUUAUUCUUAUUGGACAAAAUGAAAACGAAGAAUGUACAUUUGGCGAAUGGUUGGAAGGUAAAAUUGAUGUUAAGAAGAAAGACAUAGAAAAGUCUCGGUUGAUUGUGCAAAUCGUUUCAGACCACGAGAAUGUCAACUUAAACAUAGAGAAAUGUGCAAAAGAAAUAAACGGUUUAAACAUCAGCAAUAUAUCACAGUUGCCUAUAAGAAAAGUUGAAAACAAAAUAAGUCCAUCAAAAUUAACUGCUGGUACUGAGAGUGAAUCCAAUAACACAAUUCAAGACACUGAACCACAUGAAAAUUUACUUGAAUACAGUCUUGAAAAAGUAAAAGAAAAUAAUGCUCGAAUAAUGGAUAAUAUUCACAAGUUGAAUAGAACGUUGACGUAUACAAAAAAGAAAGAGAUUUUCGAUAUAAUUUGCCCAAGGCCAAUGCGAUCUUAUCCCUGCGACGUAUGCGGCAAAUGUUUUGUAUAUGAAACAGGUCUCAGGCGACAUUAUUCUAUGAGACAUGCGAAUGUCGACAAGCAACCACGUUGGCAGAUAAUUUGGACGUGUACAGAAUGUUUCCAAGUUUGGCCUCACCGGGAGGUUGCUAUAAAGCAUUCAACCUAUUGUUGCAAGCCUGAUAAUACAGACUGCAUUAGAGAAAUAAAGACGUCUCUACUUCUGCAAUGUGAGUUUUGUGAGAAAGUCUACACAAAUAUACCAAGGCUGCUAAAGCACACCAGAACUCACACUUCUGAUAAAAAUUACAAAUGUAAUGCGUGUAACCUAUCUUUUGAUUCCUAUAAGUCGGCUGAAAAACACUGGGUUUUAUGCCCUUGGCUACUCAUGUGCUAUAAGUUUUCUUUACCAAAAAUGUUACUAUGCAAUGCAUGCGAUCGCAAAUUUAGAAACUAUGAUCAUUUAUAUAAUCACAGGUUAGUGGAUUUGCUAAUAACACGAUUUUUGUAAUGAUUGAUGUGCUUUUAUAAAUAACAUUGUUACAGAUACAAAGUGAGUCAUUUCAUCCUAAAGGUAUGUAAUGAAGCGGAGACUAACUCGACACCAAAUAUGGUGUACCAGUGUGAGACUUGCGCGCAAUGUUUUCCAGGAGUAUCGCACCUUCAAGCACAUCGGAAUCAAUGUCAUCCAUCUUUCAAUCAGUUAAUGCUUUACAACAGCUUGUACGUAUUUUUUGUUACAUUGAAUAUAACAUAUGUUAUAUAUGUUUUGAUGAUGUUGAAAUAAUAAAAUAUAUUUUACUUAAAGGAAUUCAAUUGAAGACAGUGAAAGUUACGAUUCAAGAUAUAAUUAAGCACUAAGGUGAUAUAUGCGGUGUAACAAUAGUACUGCAUUAUUUACGGAAUAAUAUUUAAAUUUAAAUAUGAUAUUAAAAUAUUCUGUACCAUAAGAUAACAUUUUUUUUAAUAAAUAUGCAAUUGAAAAUAAAUAAAUGUUUAUUUUGUUGGUAAUAAAAAAUGUACAAAAUAAAAGUAAUCAAUACUGACAUUAUAAGAGAAACGAUUUUUUUACUAGCGUUGCGACUGCGGCUGUGCCCGCGUGGAAUUCGGUUACAUUGCGCGACAUGAUACGGUGUAUUUAUUCGCAUUAAAAAUUAUAGUACGUUCUUGCCCAUAGUUGAGCUCCAUCUUCAAAUUUCAUCAAAAUCGGUUCAGUGGUUUAGGCGUGAAAACGUAACAGACAGA